AUGACUGGCAAACACGCUGCCGGCAGUAGGCCUCAGCUAUCAAGCACCGGCUUCCAGUUAGCAACCAAAGAAACUCAAUCCCUCGACGUUCCGGCUCCAUUCACCGGAAGGUUUUGGGGUCGAACACACUGUACCAACUCCUCCUCUGGCAAGUUCAUUUGUGCAACUGGCGAUUGUGGUUCCGGACAGUUAUCAUGCAACGGCGCUGGUGGAAAUCCACCAAUAAGCCUCGUAGAAUUCACUUUAGCAGAAAACCAUGGCCAAGAUUUCUACGACGUUAGCCUAGUUGAUGGGUUUAACGUCCCAAUAUCAGUGUCUCCACAAGGCGGGUCUGGUAAUAACUGCACUAGUUCAAGCUGUGCAGCAGAUGUGAACUCAGUCUGCCCUACAGAGUUAGCAGUUAAAGGGUCUGAUGGGGGCACUACAAUUUCUUGUAAGAGUGCAUGCGAGGAAUUCAACCAGCCAGAAUAUUGCUGCACAGGAAACUUCCAAACCCCAGUGACUUGUAAACCCUCAAGUUAUUCAAUGAUCUUCAAGGACCAGUGCCCUCAGGCUUAUAGCUACGCUUAUGAUGAUUUAACCAGCACAUUUUCUUGCAGCGGUGGAGCUAACUACGCUGUCAUUUUCUGUCCGUGAGGCAGAGUUUAAUUAAAGUUGAACCACUUUUUGACAACAGGAAGAAAACUAGUGGAUUAAAUAAAAGGAAAUUAUCGACAGACUUGACAGAAAUUAGUAUUGUUAUUCGUAAUUAAGCCUUUUUAUUUUCUUCAUGAAUUUUAUAAUAAUAUUUUGUUAUUUUUCGGGCAACCCUGUUCAUCUCUUUGCUUUGUUUUUUGGUUGGUCCGUGGUCGUGGAUGAAUCAUUCACUAUGAUCAUAGUUAUCUCUGCUCUGCUCGUCAUAUAAUCACCAAAAAAAGAAAAUUCCAACCAUGCACUAGAUUCAAAUUACAGGAUUUGAUUAUUAGAUGUGAUUCACUGCAGUAUACAUAUAGUGAAAUUCCAACAAAAUGUUAAGAGAAUAAUGAAAGUAUAGUAGAUUAACCAAUAGCAUUGCAAGAACGACAGUUAAUUUCGUUAAAAAUACAGAGCAUCCAAUGGACUCAGCUAUAGCAGAGUACUCGAGAGAAACCGAGAAGAACAGACCAACUCCCAAUUCACAGCAAUGGCGAAGAAGAGAUCACAAGAUUGGAAAAAGACGAGGAAGAAGAAAUUACACCUACUUGAUAAAAUCCCAAUUACCCAAAGCAGCCUAGGAACCCUGCAACUAAACGCCGUUCUGAUUUCUCUUCUUUCGUUUCUUCUCCUUCUUGUUUUAUCUCCAAUUCAGGUAUGCCAUUUCAAUUUCUCUGUUCACUUCUCAAUUGAGGGUUUUCUUUCUGUGGUAGUCUUUGUUCCAACGAAUUGCCUGUGGUUUCUCAGAAUUUUUUGUUUUUGUUGUGGAUUUUGUUUGCUUGCUAUCUCAAUUUUCCUGUUGCCUUGUCAAAUUUGGGCUUUGGUAUAUAAUUUUUUUUCCUCUGGUUUUGGAAAUUGCUUGUACUUUUUCACGUCUGAGCAUUAUUAGGGUCAUCCUGUUAUUCUUAAUGCAUAUAUUGUUUUAGAAUUUUUCAAUGAUUAUUUUCUUUCUGAGAUGGAGAACUUUAAUUACAACAUGUUUAACAUUGUCAUAUAUGUUAAUCAACUACCAAUACAUCAUGGAGACUUCUAAGGUCUGGCUAUUACUGUAUCAGUGUUGAUACUGUUUUAACUGGUUGAAUUUGUUGCAGCUAUGUUAAAAUCAUGACCUUUUGAAUUUCCAGUUGUAAGUUUUAUGGCUGUGAUGUAUUAUCAUUUCAAUGAAGUGUGGAUUUAGUAUAUAGAGACAAUAUGUUUUUGGAACAUGUAAUCCACAGGUCCCCUUGGACAUGGUUUGUUCAGUGUUUUGACAAGUAGUUUGGAUUACACUCCAGCUGAUGAAAAAGAAUUGCCUGAGCUCCAUCUAGUUGGGUGCAGAAAUUCUGCAGUCAAAUUCAAAACUGUUAUCUGAUUUCUAUGACAAUUCAGUUACAGGACUUGAAUCAGCUGCCCAACAUACAGUUAUUGAUGAUCACUGCAAUGAUAGUAAUCAGACAAGUUUCACGACUUCGGAAUCUACUCCUGAGAAAUCUCAAAUUGCAGAAAGCACUAUUGUUUGUGUAAAUCCAGAAAAUGUUGUGUAGGCAAAAAUGGACUGCCAAAUUUGGUGGCCUGCUGAAGUAGGUUAUGUUUUACUUUGUUCUUGCAAUCCAAAGUGAAAUUUAGUUGCAGCUCUUAUUGCAUAUUUUCUCUCCUGCUGAUUCUAUAUACAUGUUCUGAUAAGACUUUUGUCGAUGCAUGAGUUCUUAGGCCCUCAAUAUGGAGCAUACUUUUCAUUAUAUUUUGUUGAUCCAAUUGAUCAACAAAAUCUGGUAAACCUUUUUUUAGAUAAUUGGAGAAACAUCACACGUAUCUGAUUCAAGAAGUAGAGGUAUUGACAGCCAUGUUCUAGUACAGUUUUACGGCUAUUAUGGAAUGUAGGCUUCAAAAUAGUUAUUUGAAACUUCAAAAAUUUUUCUUGUCAUUCUGUAGUUUGAGCUCAAAUGUUGAUCCAGUAUUGCUUUUCAGUGCUUGGAUUGAUCCAGCUAGAGAAAUUUCACAGCUUGAGGACGUGAGAAUUGUCUAUUCCACUGUUCCUGUAGAUAGUAUCAUUUCAUAUCAUUAUAUUUAGUCAGUGCCAACCACAAACUAAUUUGAAGCCUUUGAGUUCUUUUUAUUUUCUUGCUUCUUUUUUUGGCAGGGAAAUAUGGGGGAUGGAGGCUAAUCCCUUUGCAUAUGUUAUUCUUGGGAGUAGUUUGUGAAUUGUUGUAAUUUAUAAUAAGAAUUUGACUUUGAAGACUACAAGAAAUGGAUAUAAAACUUUGUUGAGGUAUUUUAGUUU